AUGGAUCUUCAAACCUUCUACUUCAUAUCCAUUCUCAUUUUUAUGUUUAUUGCACACAAAAUAAUAACCAAGAAAUCUGCCUCAACUCCAAAUUUGCCACCAGGGCCGUGGAGGCUACCAAUCAUAGGGAACAUACACAACCUCGUUGGCUCACUUCCCCAUCGUAGACUGAGAGAUUUAUCAGCAAAAUAUGGACCCUUGAUGCAUCUGAAGCUUGGAGAGGUUUGUACUAUUGUGGUUUCAUCUGCAGAGUGUGCUAAAGAAGUGUUAAAAACCCAUGAUCUUAUCUUUGCAUCAAGGCCUCCAAUACUAGCUUCAAAGAUAAUGUCUUAUGAUUCUAUGGGGAUUGCUUUUUCUCCUUAUGGUGAUUAUUGGAGACAGCUAAGGAAGAUUUGUGCGUUGGAGUUAUUAAGCUCGAAACGUGUCCAAUCUUUCCAGCCAAUCAGAGAGGAAGAGCUCACUAAAUUCAUCAAAAGCAUUGCUUCAAGAGAAGGGUCACCCAUCAAUCUCACCAAAGAAAUCCUUACAACAAUAUCUACAAUUGUUUCGAGGACAGCCCUUGGAAGCAAGUAUAGGGACCAUCAAAAGUUCAUAUCAGCUGUUAGGAAAGCCACAGAGGUCGCUGGAGGUUUUGACUUGGGAGAUUUGUACCCUUCUGCCGGAUGGCUUCAGAACAUCUCAGGGUUGAAGUCCAAGAUUGAACAGUAUCAUCAACAAACUGAUCAGAUAAUGCAAAGCAUCGUGGAUGAUCACAGAGAAGCUAAAUUAAGUGCUGCAAAAUGCCAGGGUGAACAAGUGGAGGAUGAUCUUGUAGAUGUGCUCAUGAAGGAGGAGUUUGGCCUAAGUGACAAUGGUAUCAAGGCGGUGAUUUUGGAUAUCUAUGGAGGGGGAAGUGAGACAUCAGCAACAACCAUAGAUUGGGCGAUGGCUGAAAUGAUGAAGAAUUCAAGAGUAAUGAAAAAAGCACAAGCUGAAGUUAGAAAGGUAUUCAACAUGAAAGGAAGGGUUGAUGAAAAUUGCAUCAAUGAACUCAAAUAUUUGAAACUAGUUGUGAAAGAGACCUUGAGAUUACACCCUCCAGUUCCUCUUUUGCUUCCAAGAGAAUGUGGUCAAACAUGUGAGAUACAUGGCUAUAACAUACCUGCCAAAAGCAAGGUCAUAGUCAAUGCUUGGGCAAUCGGAAGAGAUUCAAACUAUUGGACUGAACCAGUGAGGUUUCAUCCCGAGAGAUUCAUUGACAGCAGUAUUGACUACAAAGGGAAUAAUUUUGAGUACAUUCCUUUUGGAGCUGGAAGAAGGAUAUGCCCUGGAAUCACAUUUGCAUCCAGAGUUAUGGAACUGGCCCUUGCAAUGUUGCUGUAUCACUUUGAUUGGAAACUUCCAAGUGGAAUGAUAUGUGGAGAAUUGGACAUGAGUGAAGACUUUGGAAUCACAAUUAGAAGAAAGCAUGAUCAGCUCUUGGUUGCUUUUCCUUAUCUUCCUUUGCCUGUCUCAUGA